AUGAAGUACGAAACGCAGUCAGGUCCGCCAACAGCGCCGCCGCAUCUAACAUCGUCUGGGGUUGAGCCGCCUCACAGCAGUCAAGGGACAGGCAUCGUCGUCGGUGGUUCGCCCGCGGAGGUUGUCGGAGUGGACAGUUUACUGCUGUCGCCAUGGGGAGCGACUGGUCCGGACUUUCUGGAGCCUCCCGACGUCAAGCAAACGGCAGCUGGUCUGCAGGAUGCAUGGGACACCCUUCUUCUCGGUUCGUCGGUCGGCGUUGCCUCGGCCCAAUCGUUGGCAGAAUUGAAACCUCUUCCACCCUUCACCGGCUAUACCGGACAUUUGAGCAUCAACGGUAUACCUGGUCAUCACUAUCACACGAUAGCGUCGUCCGCGCAGAGACCGUCGCUACCAUCCUCAUCGCCGACGUCCUCGUCGAAUCAAGAGUAUUACGAGUCACCGGUCGUAUCCUCCAGCACGCCGUGCCCGCAGGGUAGCCAAAAGCAGCAACAACAGCAACAACAACAACAGCAACAACAACAACAGCAACAACAACAGCAUCAUCAACAUCAGCAGCAGCAGCAGCAGCAGCAACAGCAGCAGCAACAACAGCAACAGCUGCCACAGUCGACGCAACAAGUGGACUACGAUAUCGAAGAUAUAGCAGAGAUCAUUGGUUCGGCGAUAGCGGACACGACGGUUCCUGGUGGUGGAAACGGGGCAGGUUCGGAGCACGACCCGGACGCGUCGCGCGAUUGGAUCGACAUUGCCGAGUGGAUCGAUACAGCAUGUUCGCCGAAAGCUCAAGAAACUACGUCGCCAAGCCCGUAUUCGCAGAUAUACGGGACGGCGACACCUUCGACGCAAGCACAGCAGCACGGCUCGACCUUGCAGAGUUUGCUGACGCAUGGAUACGCGCCGCUGAUCAACGCCAGGUUGCAAUCCGCGAAUGCCGGCCUACAAAAUGCAUCCUGCGGCGAGACUCCGUCGUCGACGAGCCCCUACCCACCUGUCAGUCCACCUGGUAGAGUCUCAACCUCGUGCAGUCCCGAUCAUUUGCUGCACUCGUCCUUCGCGGCACCUUCUCACCCCAGAAAGAGGUCACGGCCUGCCCCAGGCUCGCAGAAUCCGUCGAAGAAGAGUCCAGGCACGGGGGCGACGGCACUACCGUACGGAACGGAAUCUGGCCUGAUAGGCGGCAAGGAGAAGCCGGUGCAUAGGUGUUCCAUCUGCAACAGAGGAUUUCUAAACAAGAGCAAUAUCAAGGUGCACUUGAGAACUCAUACGGGCGAGAAGCCGUUUAGGUGCGAAGUAUGCGGCAAAGCGUUCAGGCAGAAGGCGCACCUCAUUAAACACCAACAGAUUCACAAAAGGAUCGGCAGGGAUUAG